AUGGAGUUUGAGGAGUAUGGAGAGCCAUAUGUCGAUAAGUUUGAUCUGAGGUCGGCACUUCUUGGCAGACUGCCUGGCGACGGGCCACUGCUGGAAGAGCUGGGGAUAGACUUCGGCACAAUAAAGAAGGAAAGCCAUCUGGCGUUUGGUGUUUUCCAGAGGAAGGCUGUUGACUUCUCCUUUGUCAAGAAUGCAGACCUCUCUGGGCCGAUUGUGUUUGUUGGUCUGUACACCCUUGGCCUGAUCCUGAACUACAAGAUCCACUUUGGAUACAUAUACUUUAUUUCCCUCCUGACAACCCUAUCGAUAUACUUCCUACUAAAUGUUCUAGGCACAAAGCACAUAGGAUUUCUUGAAUGUUGCAGCGUUCUUGGAUACUCGUUCCUCCCUGUAGUCUUCUUCUCGUUCCUGAACAUCCUGAUGGGAAGGAUCAGCGUUGAGCUCAGGGUUUUCUAUGGGCUUGCCUUUGCCUGCUGGUCCAGCUAUGCAGCAUCCGUGGUGUUCUGCAGGUAUCUGUCCCUCAGCAACAAGCAUCUGGUCGUUGGAUAUCCUCUACUGCUUGGAUACACAGGAUUUGUAAUGGUUAUUCUUUUCUGA